CCCCGCUCUUCCCUUUUGACCUUCCCCCUCUCCCUCACCAUCCUUUUGUGGUUCUCGCCCCCUCCCCCCAGGCCAUUGCCGAGACCUGCUCUGCACCCUCUCGCCCACUCGUUUCCCGUCCCUCGCCCUGGCCAGUCGCACGAGGCAUGCCAUUGAUUGGGAUCCCUCCAUGAACGGCUCGCUGUCUGGCUCUCUACCUCCCACCGCCCGGGGUGACCGAAUUCAACAACUCCAUGCCAUCCCCUGCGCUGAUGUCUUCGCCGCGCGUUUUGGCCGGCGAUCGGGCAGCAUCCUCGCCACUGGGCACGAUGGGGGCAUUGUCUCUCUUUGGGACGUGUCCAAGGGAAAGUGCAUCAAGUCCUUCACCGCACAUCAGUCCCCGUACCCGGUGAAGGCCCUGGACCUUGACCCCCAGGGGGAGGACGUCCUUCUGACUGGUGUCGCCGCCGGCGGAAGCCCUUCAGACACCGCACGCCAGGGCGAGAUCCGCGUUUGGGACCUGGAGUCUGAGGGUGUUGUUCGCACCUUCCAGAGUCCGCUUUGCCCGCUUGAUCGCAGGCCAACCGGCUGCGAUGCCCUCCGCUAUCACCCGAGUGACGACCUGUUUCUUUCCCUCCACUCGGCCUUCCUCGAUGUGGCUCAAAGUUCCACGCAACUGUGUGUUUGGGAUAUCCGCCAAAAUCGAAAUGUCUUCACCCUGCCCCUGGCCGGUGGUCGUGGACCUGCCCACCGGGCCGGGUCCCAUGGAUUACCGGGGCUCCAGUCGCCGAUCACCGCGGCCGAAUGGACCCCCGACGGGCGCUGGAUCGUCCUCGGUCUGACGGAUGGCUCUGUCCAGAUUUAUGAUCUGUCCAUGCCAUCGGCACCGGUGUUGAUGAAUACGCUGGCGGCAGCGGCGGACUUCGGUCCCGUGCGCAACCUUUCCAUCCACCCGCUUGAGCGACUCGUCUCGGCCACGCACAGUUUCGGCCGAAUGGUUUUUUGGAAUUUGGAAACCGGCCAGCAUGCCGGCCGGCCGGGUCUCCUCUCCGGGUCGGUCCUGCCCGCGGGCCGAGGUGGCCCGGUGACCGCCGCCCGAGCCGCCUCCCUGAGCCAGUCGCAUCUCAGCGGCCUGGAAGAAAUCACCGCACAGGCAUGUUUCAUUCCGUGUGCCGGGCGCGCGGCCCUGGUGGCCACGGCCGACGCGCUGGAGGUCAUCUCCUGGAAUCCGUAUACCCCGUGCGAUCUGGCGGAAGACCCCUGGCUUCGGGGCCCAGUUCGUGUGGCAUCAGCUUACGGGCAUCUGGCUCCGGCUGAGGGCCAGCUGACGCUUGGCCAGUCCGUUGCUUCGGUGCAUUCGUCCGGGCCCGGCGCCUCGCUGCCCGGGGCUACCCUCUUCGACAUGGCUUCCUUCUUCGGCACCGAGUAUUCGCUGGCCGCCGUGGUCGACCGGGCCCCUGGGCCAAUUGACGACCGCGAUCAUCUGGUUUCCUCCUCCACCUCGCGUCUGUGCCUUUUUUCCGUGGAUCUGGCCCAAUUCCGCCCCUUCGCCAAUCGACUUCUCCACCCGACCAAUGACCGGGCGCCCGAGAUUUCGCGCGAUCUGCGCGCGCCGGAUGACGUGUCUGCCGGCCCGGAGGAGGCACCGGCCGCGAUGGGUCCGGCAUUCUCCCUCCGUCGGAGUCGGCCCAGCUUCGGGGCCCCCGCCAGCCAAAGCCUGAAUGAGCCCCCCGCCAAGCGCCGGAUGCCGCCGUCCGAGCCCGAGCCACGCCCCGGGCCGCCUGCCGGGCCGCGUCCCGUUUCCCUGGGCGAGGCACGCGUGGCGGCUACUGCGAUUGCCGAGCCGCAGCCGCUGCUGUCUUCGGGACUCAGUCGUGGGAGCCUCUUCAGUUCGCGCCUGCAGCGCCUCCACCGGGCCGAGCCCGUCUCGACCGUGGCCACAGCACCGCCGGCUUGCGUCCCCCCCCCGGAGGUGCCUCGCUCUGCGGGAUCGCCCGCGCCAGGACUUGCUGCCCCGGCCGGUGCCCCCAUUCCGACCUCCGGUGCCGUUGCCCAUUUGACCACCAUCGACUUGUCGAUGGACUCGACCGUAACAGGGUCCCCCGUUUCCCCCUCCUCAACGGCCUCCUGGUCAUCGUCCCGGCGGGAGCCAGUUGACAAGCCGCCAGCCUCCACCUCGGUCCCUCCUUCGAUGUCCCUUUCUUCGGUCGAGCCAUUGCCCCCGGCGCGGCGGCCGGGCUCCCUGCCCGGGGUGCCGGCCGGCCGUGUGUCACUUUCAGAGGGGCCCGCCUGGCGGCAGUCCUCCACUCCCAUGGGCACGAUGGCCCCGGCGUCGGCGGUGGCCUCGCCCCCCCCUGCAGCAGCCCCGACGCCUGCUUCGGCUCGUGCUCGCCGGCCCAUCUUGAAGUCGGAUUCUCGUGUGCGUGCAGCCGACCUGGUUCGUGGGUCGAUGGCGGCCUCGUUACUGGCUCCGGCGCAGGUGGCCUCGCGCGAGCGCCUGGAGCCCCUCCUCCGGGACCCAUCAGAUGCCCGGGUGUCGGCGGUGUUGCGUGAUGUCUUUGGCGCCGAGGGCGAGUGCACUCGCUCGCUUCUGUCCGGCCGUCUGAACAUCUUUUCGUCACUCUCCUCAUCCACUCCACUUGGAGAACUGCCGGAGGCGUUGCUCCGUGCGGCAGCCGGCUCGCCGGACUACGGAAUGGCCUAUGAUGCGCUGGGCUCGGUGGUUGAUGGCCGCGAGGCCGCCACCCUUUUGGCCGAUGUGCCCGGGCAUGGGGGGCCGGCUGACGAUCGGGCCAGCCAGCUUCGUGUUUCGGCCGACCAUCUUCGCGGGCGCCUGGAUGGCUGCGAGAUCUCCUCCUUUGCAAUGGCUUUCCGUCGAUAGUCGAAAAAAUAUAGAUGUGCAAGGGCCCGCACUGCCUUCGCCCCUUUUUCC